UCAAGAUGUCGGCGCAGGCCCAGAUGCGCGCCAUGCUGGACCAGCUCAUGGGCACGUCCCGGGACGGUGACACGACCCGUCAGCGAAUCAAAUUCAGUGAUGACAGAGUGUGCAAGAGCCACCUUCUCAACUGCUGCCCUCAUGAUGUGCUCUCUGGAACUAGAAUGGACCUUGGAGAAUGUCUGAAAGUGCAUGACCUGGCACUAAGGGCAGACUAUGAAAUAGCAUCCAAAGAUCAAGAUUUCUUCUUUGAGCUUGAUGCAAUGGACCACCUGCAGUCAUUUAUUGCAGACUGUGACAGGAGAACAGAAGUGGCUAAGAAAAGACUAGCAGAAACCCAAGAAGAGAUCAGUGCUGAAGUUGCAGCUAAAGCUGAAAGAGUUCAUGAAUUGAAUGAAGAAAUUGGGAAACUGCUGGCCAAAGUAGAACAGCUUGGAGCUGAUGGGAAUGUGGAAGAAUCUCAAAAAGUAAUGGAUGAAGUGGAGAAGGCUCGGGUAAAGAAGAGAGAAGCAGAAGAAGUAUACAGGAAUUCUAUGCCUGCCUCCAGCUUUCAGCAGCAGAAGCUACGGGUUUGUGAAGUGUGCUCGGCUUAUCUUGGUCUUCAUGACAAUGACCGACGACUUGCUGACCACUUUGGAGGAAAACUACAUUUAGGAUUUAUUGAAAUAAGAGAGAAGCUUGAGGAACUCAGGAGGAUUGUGGCUGAUAAACAGGAGAAACGAAAUCAGGAACGUCUGAAACGUAGAGAGGAGAGGGAAAGAGAAGAAAGGGAGAAACUAAGGAGGUCCAGAUCCCACAGCAAGCAUACCAAAAGAUCUAGGUCCCGAGAUCGCCGCAGACAUCGGUCUCGCUCAGCCUCCCGGGAACGAAAGAGAAGAACUCGCUCCAAAUCGCGUGAGAAACGCCAUCGUCACAGGUCUCGCUCUAACAGCCGCAGCCGGAGUCGCAGCCAUCAUAGGAGCAGGCAUAGUUCCAGGGAGAGAAGCCGAGAACGCAGCUCCAAAAAGAGAUCCUCAAAAGAAAGAUCUUCCAGAGACAAAGAACGUUCAAGAGAUCGUGAUAGAACAUCACGUGAUAAAGAUAGAAGCUCAAGAGAGAGGUCACCACGAGAUUUCAAAGACAAGAAACGUUCUUAUGAAAGUGCUAAUGGCCGAUCGGAAGACCCAAGGAGCUCAGAAGAGCGUGAAGCAGGGGAGAUAUAAUUGGCUGUAUAUUCACCUGAUCUCUAGCUUCCUAUGGAGUUGCAUACUAUGGUUUAGUUUACAGUUGUUCAAAGGGACACCAGUGAGCAGUUCCUGACACUGAUCCAACUAGGGUAGAUGUACAGUAUAUAAAAGUGGUUAUAACCAAGUCAGAAUUAAACCCCAUCAAUUAAUGAUGCCUAAAGCUGGGUCCUGGACUUCCACCAAGUUGUAAAACUUCUCUGAAAGAUUUCUCUUUAUUCAGGACAACAGUUUUAUGUACCAAGAUGCAGAUCUCAAUGUUUUUAAUCUCCUUUCCGAUACAAGUUAGUGAACAAAUUAUAUUGUACUACUUGCCUUGGGUGCUUUUGAACCUUUAUAAAUUCUCCAAUUCUGCUCCAGUCAAAACAGCAGCAUUGAAAGGUUGUAUUUUGGGGGAUUUUUUUGUUUGCUUUUUUUGUAAGAGGGUGGGUGGAUGGAUAUUAACUUUUACUCUGAGGUUAUGUUCCCAGUGACUUUUUUGUUUGGGAACCUAGGAGUUGAUUACAGUGGGAGCAUUUAGACAGGAAUGUGUGCUGGAGAAAGCGAAAAUGUCUUUUUACAGUGCCUAUUUAGACUUGGAAAUUGAACAGCUGUUGCAUUACAUCUUUUUUAUUUCUACUUAAAUUUUGAAAUCAAAGCCAGUCCCAUAUCUGUACCAUUUGAUUGGUAUGUGUUCAAUAUAUUUGUUUUUUUUCCAUAAGGACUCUUUCUGCUUCUUCUUGUGGGGUGUAAAUGGCACAUCCUUAAUUGUAUUAAAUACAAACAAAAAACCAGCAAUGACAAACAAAAAAUAAGAACAAAAAAAUAAAAAAAAUAAAAAAGGAAACCACAUUGUCCAAUAAGUUAACAAGGAUAUACUGGUCUCUUAAGGUGCUUAUUUAGCAGUUCAGUCGUUUAAAAACUAGCAUUUGGUUAUUAAGAGUUUUUAACAUCCACAUGUGCUCUAGGAGAAGCAGUCUUUCUGAUUACAAUCCUGACUGUCCUAAGAUCUUCAAAGGCAAAAAUAUGUGGAAUCAUAAUGAUCAUAGCACAACCACUAACACCUUAAUGACUUCAAUUUCGAAAAGCAGUAUUUCAUUUAGGUGCAAGCUGCCUUAACACAAAGGGGUUGCUGUCGAUUCUGUCAGAUUGAAAGCACUUUGGAGCAUAUAAAUUAUUAAGAUACGCCCUACCCUCACACAGGAGAAUUUAGAGAUGGGCAAGCUCUCCUCCUUGAGAUAGCACCACUGAGUUACUUAGCAGUGAUGCUUAAAAGCAGUGUUUGUAAUGAUUUAUUGGCAUUUUCAGCAGGUUCUGCAGACUUUCCUCUGUACCUCACUAGUCCAGGUGCCUCUGUAGGCCAGCUGAUCAUGGGUAUAUAAUAUCACUAUAAAUUCAGUGUGUGCAUUUUUCCUCAAUGUCUCUUUUGUAGCCCCUUCAGUAUGGUCCGAACACAUGGGUGAUAAUUCUAACACGGCAGAUGAUUUAGCAGUAUUUUGGCUGGCAGUGAAAGCUAGAACAGGACUUUAGCAUCUCAGCAAGGACUUGUAUCCAACGUAGCACAUACCCUCCACCUUGAAUUCACGUCACUUUAAACUCCUGAAGAAAUACUGUAAUAAUGAUGGGUAUUUACUUAACACUUUUUAUUUAUCUAUUUGAAAUCUGAGUGUGAGUUUCCUUCCUGGGAAUGUUGUGAUUUCCUGCGUGGCCCAAUUAGUUACCAGUGUUUGUCCCUCUAGCAUGAGCAUACUGUGUCACACCUUUGUUAAUGGAAUUCUAGUUGGUAGUGUGACAAAAGGUGAACAGUCAUUUCUAGAUGCAUCUUGCGUAGCAGAACUGCCAGUGAGUGGAUUGCUAACUCUUUUGUAAUUCCUUUCUGGAAUAAAAAUAUUCCAGAAAUACUGAGGACCUGUCUCCCCCUGCAGCCAGCAAAUAGAAAUGUAUUGUAAGGGGCAGGGGGGUGGGAUUUGCAUACUGUGACAAAAUACUGCUUAAACUCCUUACUAGCAAAUUCUGGAUAUGCCAUUGAUGUUACAAACUACUUUUGAAUUUAAUGAUGAAAGAGUGAUUGGAUUUGGGCCUUUCCUUAUUCAUAGGUUUUCAUGGGGUGCUGAGCUUCAUAGUAUCCAAGUACCACACUAACGUUAAACAGAGAGAAGGUAAGUCUUGCCUCUGCUAUCCUGAUAAAAUAAUCUGAAUUACAUGUGGAAAUACAUGCCUAAUGUCGAAAUGAGGACUGGAAUGCAGUUAGGAAGAGAACUGAAUUAAAGUGAUUGAUGAAACACACUUCUUUUGAUGGAAGAGAUCUGGAACAUCUACCAGAAAGGGAGACUGCUUUAUUAGCUGUGCCUGAGUUAGUAAGGAUCUUCCACCCUUCCAUCAGAACCAAGCUACCUUAAUUUCCAGGCGGGUGAAACUGAGGUGUUCAUCACCUGUAUAUUUCCUGCUGGACAGCUGAAGAGUGGUACUGACUGACAUUAGUUUGCAUGGUCAAAAUGAUUAUGAAAAGGAUCUGGAGGAAAUAAAUCUCUGUCCAUCUCUGCUGCAUCAUAUAAGGGAAAGAACUUUGACACCAAUCAAAUAGUUUGGGCUUCAUUACUUGUCUUUAAUUUCCCAGUCUUCAGUAAAUGGACCAGCAAUUGUUAAAUCUGACUUCUGGUCUAGAACCAGAUCAUAAAUACAAUGACGAGAUCAUUCAGAAGAUCAAGCCACUCAACCCACUAACCCAGAUCAAAUAUGUCCUACAGCCAUGGAUUGUACUAGGUUCACAUCACACUAAGUAUCAUCUGUCUGCACUGUACUUAGGACUUCUCACACCAAGCCUGUUUGCCCAGCUUUUCUCCCUUCAAUUGUUUGUUCCACUAUUGAUUCUUACGAGAUUGAGAGAGACAGAGGCGGGGUGCUAGACCCACAGGAGGUCGUGGGGGAUGCUGCUGUGCAGUAAUCUGUGUAGUGAUCUGUACUGCUGCGACUUUGCUAGGAGAUCUCGCAGGUCUCCAGGUCCUUGAGAGGCCCUGAGUGCUGAGAGUGUUUUGAGGCCAUUCCUGAUAAAGGAAAAUAUCUUCCCUCUCCUGCAAGGAGGCUUACUGCAGCCUGGAAAGGGAAUGGAGCUCCUGAGUGAACCUAAGGGUGCUGCAGCCAAGCGUCUCAUAUUUGAAAUUUUGUUGAUGCAGUUGUAGCUUCAUAGCAAUUUUUAUCAGACUGCAGGUGUACAAACUGAAUGAAAAUAGUAGAUUAUUUAAUUUAUUUGAAGUGUUUAAAAUGCGGUGAGCUGGCAAGCAUUAUUCCUGUAUCUCAGAAAGCUCUCACUCUGGAUUAGUCAGGGGAACACGAAACAGAAGAAUAUUAAGGUAGUAAGCAGCUAGAGGAUGGCACAUUACCAGAAAUUAGGUCCUCCUGAGUGUAUGUGAGUUGCUUUUCCCGCUGGAGCAGGAGGAACCAUACAGUAAAACAGUGACAUUGCCACGCAAAGAGGUGCUUGGCCUGGUGCAGCUAUAUCGCAUUACCCACCAUUAGACUUGCUAACAAAGCUGUCCUCUUGCCUUCUGUCAGGUAGCAGGUCUGGGAUUUAUCCUCCUGUUGCUACAGUGCAAACCCUAGCCCUGGAGCCCCUCUGUCUGUCCGAUCUAUCUUGCACCAGGUCGCGUCUUUCAGGUACCUUCCAUCCUGCUCCAGGGGCAGCGGGAGAAAAUAGGUGAACCAACCCCCUAAGCCACUGCAAAUGGAUGAUUGUGCAAACCUUAAAUAGCCUUGGGGCAGGGAUUAUCCAUUUAGCUGAAGGGAGAAUGAUAGCAACUUGUCUUAAGACACCAGUUGCAAGGCAACUGAAGGCAUGGGUGGGUAAACCCGAAUGAAUGGGUUUAGCUAUAGGAACACGGUAUCACAACAAGAAGCUCCUGUGGUGCUGAAGAGACUCUGAGAUGUGUGCUGUCUCCUCCAGGUCUGUUACAGAUUCAAGCAGAUCGCAGUUGCAGUCAGCAUUAAAGUAUAAAUGCAGGAAAAGCUAUGUGCCAGAGGUGAUGGCAGUGUGCAGUGUGUUGUGUAAAGGUCUGCAGCACCUGAUAACCCCCCCUGGUUUACUAUUCUCCAUUCCACAUUUUGCAUCCCACCCUGCUCAGUAUAGUUGUCCCUUGUUCAGCGAACAGUAGAGGUUAGUUUCUCCUGAUACAGUGGCUCAUAAAAAGUGUUAAUGCGAUACUCAUUCAGUCCUGUAUGGUUCUUGCUCUUUGUUUUUUGCUUUGGUCAUUUUUUUUCUACUUGCUUCUUAAUAAA